CUGAAAACUGUGUAAAAACUGUGUAGCUCCGUUUAUUAGAAUGAAAAAAUAUGUAAAAAGUGUAAUUUAAGAGUUAAAACUACUUUCAAAUGGCGAUCCAAAAGCCCGGUGAGUGGGCGAACUCACUCUUAGCAAGAUUCGAGGACCAGCUCCCCAAUAAAAUUGGUUUAUAUGGCACACAAGCACGUAUAAGUCAAGAUCAGCUAACUGCUUGUCUUAUACAAAUUUCUCGUUAUCGUUUUUCACUGGUCAUUUCUGGACUCACCAAAAUGCUGCAGCGGGUCAACGAAGCGGCUCUACAAAAUCGUCACGACACUGAGCGUACCUAUUUUGAAUCAUUAGUGAUUAUAUUAACGACAUUAGAACGUUGUCUGGCUAAUCAGACCAAGGAUACAGCACGUUUUGAGGAGGCAAUGAACGUUAAACUGUUGCUACGUGAAAUUUCACAAUUCAUCGAUGUACAAAGCGAUAAUAAUCCAAAUGCAGCACAACUAAAGGCGAUUGCAUCAAAAGUGCUUUUUGCGCUUUCGCAAAAUCAUUUUUCCGCAGUAUUUAAUCGAAUUUCAGCGCGUAUACAAGAACUAAUCACAUGCUCAGAUGAGAAUCCGGACUACUGUGAUAUUGAAUUGAUACAACAUAUUGACAUGGAUCUAAAUAAAUUAACGAAACUACUGCAAGUGACGAAAUCAAGAUCAAAGAAGGCACCACCUCUCAUUUUGUUGCAUUCAUUAGAGAAAGCUAUUUGGAACUGGAUUGAAUAUCAUCCCCAAGAAUUUCAGGAUAUACAGCGUGGCGUUACAACAAAAGAUAUUUCCAGCUGCUGGGAAGCGCUCCUCGAGUUUGUAGAAGCGUAUAAAACUGAAAAUAAGAAGAAUAAAACCACUGUCUGGCCACUGCAAAUGUUAUUACUCAUUCUAAAUCCAAGUUGCUUGGAAGCUACAGUUAAUGAGUUACAACAAUCCGAAAAAGAGAAGGACAAAGAAAGAUCUAAGGAAAAAGAUAAAUCUUCCUCAACGCAAUCCUCAUCGGCACAAACCUCACGUGACAAAGAGCAAUCUGCUAAGCAGUUUAUUGAGGGUGUAAAGCGUGGCCUCGGUACACACUCACCGUCAAAACAAGUAACUGAGUACGCCGCCAUUGCUUGUGUUAAACUCUGUAAAGCGUCAACCUAUGUUAAUAUCAACGACUCUAACAAUGUUAUAUUUAAAUUGGUGCAAUACAUCAUCAAUGACUUGAAGGCAUUGCUCUUUAAUCCAGUAAAACCAUUUUCCCGUGGUCAAGCCUACAAUUAUGCGGAUAUUGAACUUAUGAUCGACUGUUGGGUAUCAUUAUUUCGACUAAACCCGCAUAAUAUUGACACGCUCAAGGUGUGCCUCAAUUUGUCAUCUCCCCAAGCCUAUCACUUUGUAAUUGUCUGCUCUUUAUUGAGAUUAACGCACAUUUACGUAGAUUUUCGCUUGCAGAAUAAAAAUUGUUUUCGUACUAUUAAUCAGCCCCUACUACCUUGGUGGCCCGAAACGAAUGUUGUACAUUAUCGUUCCGCGGAAUUGCGUGCGCUCUUCGCCGACACGUUAAAUAAAGCCACACAGGGUUACAUAGCCCAUACGCCAUUACGAAUGAUAACUUCGUUAACGUUGAAAUCGAAAGAUGCACAAAAAGGUUUGACGCGCUCGGAAGAGGGGCCCGCACAUAAAAUGUUACUGCUACUUAUAGUGCGACUCAUUCAUGCUGAUCCGACGUUGCUGCUAAAUACUCAAUGUAAAGUGGCACAUGAAAUGCAAAGUUCCUCGCUCGAACUCAUUAAUGGUCUUGUGAGUCUCGUUCAUCAACCCACCAUGCCCGAUGUGGCACAGGAGGCCAUGGAGGCUUUACUCGCGUUACACUCGUUUGACAAAAUCGAUUUGUGGAAUCCGCAAGCACCUAUGAAUUGUUUUUGGGAUGUUAGCUCACAAGUUCUUUUUUCAAUUUCACAAAAGCUUAUACAACAUCAGAUCGCCAACUUUACGGAUGUGCUGAAAUGGAUACGUGAGAUACUGAUUUGUCGCAAUGCUUACUUGCAACGACACAAAAAAUACGCUCUAGUUGGACAUGAGUUACAAAUUUGCCGCCAGGCGCGUAUCAAAUUGGAAGUGGUGUUUUUUAUGUACCUCUGGUCAGUCGAUCUGGACGCAGUAUUGACAUCGCUCUCUUGCUUUGGGCUUAUAUGUGAAGAGUCGGAUAUUUUGAUGACAGCAGAUGAUUCAGGGACAGUAAUGCCAGUUGCUAAUUAUCAAAUCUAUCAAGAUUUAACGCAGUUAGCAAGCUCUGCUGGUGAUACACGCAUAUGUUUCUACGAAACUAAUCACGGCAAUGCAUACAACCGACUUGCGCUGCAACGUCGGAUGAUGAGUUUAUUACGCAAAAUUGAGCAUUGUGCGGAUGGUGUACAGACUGCAUGGGAGGAAACAUUCAGGAACUGGGAGCUGACCAGCAAAGUGCUACAAACAUAUCCAAAAUGCAAAACCGAUGAUGUGCAAGCUGAACUUUUUCAUCGUGGUGUUGGUAAACGUCGGGCAAGUCAUCAAAGUUCCGAGCAUGAUUUGGAGGAGCACAUCACAGAAUGGGCCAAUAUGACUUGGUUUUUGUUAACGCUGGGUGGAGUUUGCCUGCAAAAGCGUUUAGCUUCACGUUGGAAACAAAUGCAACUUCAAACUAAUGCCACAAUUGGCAGUACCACUAGCGGUGUAUCUCCAUCGGGUAAUCUUCUGCAGGCGCACAAUAGCUUGGCGCAGUCCCAGACUAGUAUAGCGGCAUCAGGCAGUAUGAAUUCUAUGUCUUCGAUACCAGCGGUCUCGCUAUACUCACUUUAUUCAUGCUCCACCAGUUCCGGACGUGGUUCACUACUGCAUCCAAGCACAGUACCUGUUUCUGCUAUAGUACAAGUGCCACAACAGGACUUACAAUACUGUCCGGUGACACAAUUUAUCGGUCAACUGUUGCGUUUGUUGGUGUGCAAUAAUGAAAAAAUCGGUUCGAAUAUACAGAAAAAUGUGAGGGAUUUAAUAGCCGAAGAAAUGACGCCGCAGCUCUAUCCCAUACUUUUUGAUCAAAUACGUUCAAUUGUUGAGAAAUUUUUCGAUCAGCAGGGUCAGGUGAACGUUACUGAAAUCAAUACGCUAUUCAUCGAACAUGUCAUUUAUAUAAUGACUUUAAUAUUGAGUCCCAAACCUGUGAAAGAUCCAAAUAAUGAGCAAGUAGCUGCUUCGGAGUAUCUUAGUGUGACGAGCAUCGAAGGCAUGUUGCUGGGUAUUGUGCGUUAUGUGCGUCAUUGCGAGUUGAAUGUGUACUCACUUCGCACCAAAGGUUGUCUUUGUAAUUUGGUAGAGAUAAUGAUGAGACGACGUGAUGACUUGGCAUUCCGACAAGAAAUGAAAUUUCGAAAUAAAUUAGUUGAGUAUUUAACGGAUUGGAUUAUGGGCACCACGCAUACAAUAGUACCACCGGGUAGUGAACCAUUGUUCGCACAACAUACCGACCUCUUUCGUGAUCUUGACAUUGCGUGUAUGGAAGCCGUUGGCGCUUUGCUAUGUGGUUUACCGCUGCAACCGGAGGAAUCAGAUCGUGGCGACUUGAUGGAUGCAAAGAGCGCACUUUUUCUGAAGUACUUUUCACUUUUCAUGAAUCUCAUGAAUGGUAAUAAUGAAAAUAUAGUUGCUGAGAAAGAACCGAUUAAUCCACCAUUACUUCCACCGCACCCGCCUGUAAAUGGCAAGCAUAGCGCGCUACGCAAAGCCACCAUACAAGCCAUGUCAAAUCUGCUUGGUGCCAACAUUGACUCAGGUCUAAUGCAUUCCAUUGAUCUUGGCUAUCAUAUCGAUUUACAAACACGUUCUGCUUUUAUGGAAGUUUUAACAAAAGUCUUGCAACAGGGCACUGAGUUUGAUACACUUGCCGAGACAGUAUUGGCUGAUCGUUUCGAGCAGCUGGUCCAACUGGUAACAAUGAUUAGCGAUAAAGGAGAGCUGCCAAUAGCUAUGGCAUUGGCUAAUGUGGUUACCACUUCACAAAUGGAUGAGUUGGCACGCGUUUUGGUGACACUAUUCGAUGCUAAGCAUCUGCUCUCACCACUGCUGUGGAAUAUGUUCUAUCGCGAAGUGGAGAUAUCGGAAUGUAUGUCAACAUUGUUUCGCGGCAAUUCGCUUGGCAGCAAGAUAAUGGCAUUUUGCUUCAAAAUAUACGGUGCCAGCUAUUUACAGAAUUUAUUGGAGCCGCUGAUACAACCGCUACUUGAUGAUCCCUCCACUAGUUAUGAAGUCGACCCUGCUAGACUGGAGCCGGGUGAAGACUUGGAACGUAAUAAGGAGAAUUUAAUGUCGCUUACUAAAGUUUUCUUUGAGUCAAUAUUAAACUCUGUAGAUCGUUUUCCCUCGCAAUUGCGCUCAAUGUGCCAUUGUCUCUAUCAAGUGUUAAGCAAACGCUUCCCCACCGUGCUGCAAACUAAUAUUGGCGCCGUGGGUACGGUAAUCUUCUUGCGUUUUAUAAAUCCUGCUAUUGUUUCACCGCAAGAACUCGGAAUUGUGAGUCGUCAAGUACCUGCAUCAGUUAAACGCGGCCUCAUGUUGAUGUCGAAGAUUUUGCAAAAUAUUGCCAAUCAUAUUGAAUUCUCUAAGGAACAGCACAUGGUUUCGUUCAACGAUUUUCUACGUGCCCACUUCGAACAGGGCCGUCACUUUUUUGUACAAAUUGCAUCGGAUUGUGAGACUGUAGAUCAGACAGCGCACAGCAUGAGUUUUAUAUCAGAUGCCAAUGUCUUGGCAUUACAUCGUCUUUUGUGGUCUCAUCAGGAGCGUAUUGGCGAUUAUUUGUCUAGUAGUCGCGAUCAUAAAGCGGUUGGCCGACGUCCAUUCGAUAAAAUGGCCACGUUGCUUGCUUAUCUGGGGCCGCCGGAACACAAACCAGUGGAUUCACAUUCCAUACAUUGCAGCAUGAUGUUCUCGUCAUACGCUCGUUGGAGCUCUAUUGAUAUGUCCUGUCAUAAUUUUGAAGAAAUUAUGGUUAAACAUCAAAUGGCAGAAAAAGAGGAGUUCAAAAUUUUGAAAGCUACGAAUGUCUUUUAUCAAGCGGGUACCAGCAAAGCCGGACUACCAAUAUUUUACUAUAUUGCAAGGCGUUACAAAAUUGGCGAAACGAAUGGCGAUAUGCUUCUUUACCAUGUCAUACUUACGCUUAGAAAUUUCUGCCAUUCACCAUUCGAAUUGCUCAUGGAUUUCACCCACACCGGUUCGGAAAAUCGUUUCCGCACAGAAUAUCUGCAGAAAUGGUUUUGUGUAAUGCCAAAGAUUUCCGUGGAGAGUUUACAGAUUGUUUAUAUUUACAAUUGCAAUUCAUGGGUGCGUGAGUACACAAAGUACCACGAUCGAAUAUUGCUACCCGUAAAAGGCCAUCGCAAGUUAUUAUUUGUCGAAUCACUCAGCAAACUUCAUGAAUACAUCGAUCCAGAGCAAUUGAAACUGCCAGGUGCCACGUUAUCGCUUGAAGAAGACCUAAAGGUCUUCCACAAUGCGCUCAAACUUAGUCACAAAGAUACCAAAGUAUCUGUCAAAGUUGGUCCAGCUGCAUUACAAAUCACUUCGGCGGAAAAAACAAAAGUAUUGGGACACUCGGUGCUGUUGAACGAUGUCUAUUAUGCAUCAGAAGUAGAAGAGGUUCUUUUGGUAGAUGAUAACCAGUUCACACUUUCAAUUACCAAUGAAGUUGGUCAGCUAAGUUUCAUACACAACGAUUGUGAGACCAUUGUACAGGUCAUCAUGCAUAUACGCAGCCGCUGGGAGUUAAGCCAAACGAACGCAAUGACGCUACAUCAGAAAAUACGGCCAAAAGAUGUGCCGGGUACACUUUUAAAUAUGGCAUUACUUAAUCUUGGUACCUCCGAUCCCACCUUGCGCUUAGCUGCCUAUAAUUUACUCUGUGCGCUCACCGCAUCGUUCGAUCUGAAAAUCGAAGGACAACUAUUAGAGGCACACGGUCUUUGUAUACCAUCGAACAACACUAUAUUCAUUAAAUCAGUCAGUGAAAAAUUAGCCACUAAUGAGCCACACUUAACGCUGGAAUUUCUCGAAGAAUGUAUACAAGGCUUUCAACGUAGCACUAUUGAAUUGAAACAUUUAUGUUUGGAGUAUAUGACACCAUGGUUGAAUAAUUUAUUGAAAUUUUGUAAAGCCAAUGACGAUGCCAAGAAAUUGAAAGUUUCACAGAUUCUAGAUAAAUUAGUGUGUCUGACAAUUGAGCAGAAAGAAAUGUAUCCGUCGGUACAAGCAAAGAUUUGGGGUUCGAUUGGGCAAAUUCCCGAUCUAAUCGAUAUGGUGCUGGAUAAUUUCAUUCAUAAAUCAAUUACUUACGGCUUGGGUUCGCCACCGGUCGAGAUAAUGGCUGAUACUGCAGUUGCCCUGGCGUCAGCGAAUGUACUCCUCGUCUCGAAGAAAAUUAUAAUGCGCAUGUGCCGUGUGCUGGAUAAGACCUGUACAAACCCAACACACUUUCUUGAGCAACAUAUGAUGUGGGAUGAUAUCGCCAUAUUAACGCGUUUUCUACUCAUGUUAUCGUUUAAUAACUGUCUCGAUGUCGCCACACAUCUACCAUAUCUCUUUCACAUUAUCACAUUUUUGAUAUGUUCUGGUUCGGUAACAAUGCGUGCCUCCAUACACGGUCUGGUCGUCAACAUAAUUCACUCUCUCAUUACUUGUACCAAACCAACUUUCUCAGAGAAUGCUCAACGCGUUCUCCGUUUGGCACUCGAUGAGUUCUCUCUAUUCAAAUUUUAUGCUCUAUUCGGUCUGAGCAAAGUCAAAUCGGCUGCUGUUACUGCUUUCCGUUCCAGUUAUCGUCAUCCAUCCGAUAGAUGGUUGGGAAAUGAGCGUGUCUCACAACCAUUGCCAGCUGAUGUUGAGCGUAUCGCUUUACCCUCUUUGGAAGAGGUGGUCGAUGCAUUGUUGGAAAUAAUGUCUGUGUGUAUGCCCGAUGUGCCGGACUGUCAAUGGUUAGAAACGUGGACAUCAUUGUCACGUAACUUCGCAUUCUGUUACAAUCCAGCGCUCGAACCACGCGCACUCAUCGUCUAUGGUUGCAUUAUAAAAAGCAUAACCGAUCAGGAGGUGAAACAGUUGUUGCGCAUUUUGGUAAAGGCACUGGAGUCGUUUAAUGACAUUGUACUAAUUGAAGGUUUAGUGUUAUGUUUAACGCGUAUACAACCACUACUGAGACCGGAAUCUCCCAUACAUCGUGCAUUAUUCUGGGUCGCUAUUUCAGUAUUACAGCUGGACGAGGUGUCAUUGUAUGCCGCCGGUUUGGCGUUUCUCGAACAAAAUCUGCAUACGUUGAGUGACCAAGGGUGUUUUGAAAAUGAACACAUAGCUGAUAUGAUGAUGAAUACACGUGAGAAACUUGAGUGGCACUUUAAACAACUGGACCAUGCAGUUGGUUUGUCAUUUCGCAGUAACUUUCACUUUGCGCUUGUUGGACAUAUAAUUAAAGGUUUUCGUCAUCCUGUGCCUGCAACCGUUAUUCGCACAUCACGCCUGUUAAGUAUGUUGUUAGGUUAUGUCGCUAAACCAUUCCGUCGUGACAAAUUUGAAGUGACACCCGAAAGUGUGGCUUAUCUAACGGCAUUGGUGGCUGUUUCGGAGGAGGUGCGCUCACGUUGUCACGUCAAACAUGCUAUACCCCGUUGGACUACCGAUAUGAGUGUUAUAGAAAAUGGGGAGAUGGCUUUAUUUGGAAAUCAGAAUGCACUCGGCAUGCCGCUAUCAAGGCGACAGAAAUCUUGGGAUAUGCUCAAUCAAUCAGCUUUACAGUUUGCCCGCCACCAUAAAGGACCCACACAUCAGAAUGCAAAGGUUUUGUUUAAAACACAACGCUCUUUUUCGGUGCCAACAACUAAAGAACCGAAUAAUACGAGCGCUAUCGAAGAACGUCAGGAACGUGGCUCUCGUACAUCCGUCUCUAAUGAGUCUAAUGUACUUUUGGAUCCCGAGGUCAUAUCCGAUUUGUCCACACAAGCGUUGGUAUUGACUGUCUUGGCUACAUUAGUGAAAUAUUCGACAGAUGAGAAUGAGACGCGCGUGCUAUAUCAGUACCUGGCCGAAGGUUCGGUGGUUUUCCCUAAAGUGUUUCCAGUCAUACAUUCAUUGCUCGAUCAGAAGAUCAACAACAUACUCUCUGUUUCUCACGAUCAAGUCGUCCUCAAUUCCGUACAAAGUAUCAUACAGAAUAUGCUCGCCAGCGAGGAUCCCUCACAACAGCAAUUACAUUUCCUACAAAGUUGUGGUUUUGGUGGACUCUGGCGCUUUGCUGGUCCAUUUACAAAGUAUACAAUGAUGGGAGAAUCAUCCGAGUUGUUUGUAAACUGUUUAGAGGCUAUGGUUGAAACUUGUCUGCCGGGUGAUGAAACUACACCGGUGCCACCGUCACCACGUCCAUAUAAUUUGAGUUCGAGUCUCAGCAGUCUCACUUUAGGAUCACCGAUAGAUAAAGCUGCAUGAAUAACAACCAAUCAACGCGGUCAACGUACAACACUUUUCGAACGGGUAUUUCGUUUUUUGAACUUUUUUAAAAAAUGCUUUUAAGAACAAACACACGCGAAUGCAGAGUGGAAUGCAAUUAGGAAAAUCGAAAAAGGACAGUAAGUGGCAGAAUGUAAGUUUAUAAAUAUGUACAUAUAUGUACUAUGUAUGUACGUCAUAAGCGAGGAUAAGUAAGAUUUUAAAUGAAGAAAAAUCAUAAGUGUGGUGAGAAGGGAGAGUUUUCAUCAAGCGUUGCUGAGGAGCGCCAAGAAUGUGCCAAGGAAAUGAAACAUGCGGUCAUAUAUACAUACAUAUGUAAGAGUAUAUAAUGUGUUUGUAAACAUAACGCACAUAUAGUACAUAUGUAUGUAUCGUAUGUAGUAUAUGUAUGCAAUUGUGAUGGAUGUUUGAUUUCCGCUUAAAUGUAAGUUAGAACGUUAUAUUAUAUGUGAGUAUGUACAAAUGUAUAAGUAUAUUAUGUACAUAUGUAAAGUUGAUAAUGAUUAUACGCAAAGACCACACCGACAAACAAAGAUUUAACAUGUACUUAUCUUAUAUAUGUAUGUAUGUAUGUAUGUACAUACAUAUGUAUGUAUAACAAAUACCUAUGCAAUGAACUAACUAACCACCAGCAUCGAAUUUAGUUGUAAUAAUACAAAACAAAUACAUAUUUAAGUGUAAAAAUGUAAGAAUGACUGAAUAACAAAAAGUAAAAAACUAAAAAAAAAAAAAAUUGGAAAUAUUGUUAUAAAAUAUUUAUGUACGAAAGUUGAACGUAAAGCUUAAAGUAACUUGCUUUCAUAAUGUAUGUAUGUAUGUAAAAAAACAAAAAAAAAAUAAUAAUAAGAAAUAAC